AUGGAGGAGAAUGAAAAUGAUAGUUUGUCUGCGGUCGAGCGCCUCUACCCGGAGUGGAUCGUCACUCUCGAAAGCCAGCUUAAGAAGUCUGACGGCGCGAAGGUCGACCAGGAGAUACUUCGCACCCUCCUCAUGAAGCUGCUGCUGUCGCCAACGAUGACAGUCGCACGGGCGCUGUGCCAGAGUCUGGUGUCGUCGAGCCACGACUACGAGUCUGUGUGCAACUCGCUCCUGAUCAUCUUCCGUCACAACAAGCAAGACAUGCGCCUCGUCGAGUGGGCGCUCCAGAACGAGAUCGACACCUGUGAGGGUGGCACGACAGUGACGCUGUUCCGAGGGAUGACGGUCGGGGUCAAGCUGGUGAGCAUCUAUCUGCACAUCAAGGGCCACUUCUUUCUCAAGGGCGUGUUGCAACCGCUCAUCGCCCAAAUGCAGACCACGUCCGCUAUCGAGGUCGACCCCAUGAAGCUCGCGGACUUGACACAACUCCAGGACAACCAGAAGCGGCUCAUGGACAGCGUGGAGCAGAUGUUCCUCGCCAUGGAGUCGGCCAUCGACCUCUUCCCCUGCGCGUUGAAGCGGGUGUUUCAAAAGGCGCACCAGAUGGUGGAGGAGCGGUUCAACGAGAAGGGCUACCAGCUGAUCGGAGGCUUCUUCUUCCUGCGAUUUGUGUGCCCCGCGCUGGUGUCGCCUGAGCGAGUCGGCCUUGCCUCCACUCUGUCCAACGAGACGCGGCGAUCGUUAAUUCUGAUCAGCAAGGUAUUGCAGAACGCGUCCAACGACGUUCAGUUUGGAGAGAAGGAACAGUACAUGGUAUUUAUCAACGAGUGGAUCGCGCUCAAGCAGGAGCGGAUGCAGCGAUUCCUGAGUGCAUUAUCGACCGCGCCGAGCGACGCAGACGCCCACCCGGCGCCUCCCGGCACGGAAAAGAUGUCUACAGAGGAGGAUCGAAGAAUGGCGGUGCGGGCGCUGGUCAACAGCUUCGACACCCACAAGGAGCAGAUGUCGGCCGCCCUGGCGGGCCACAAGGAGCAGCGGCUGUUCGAUCGACUCAUACAGGUGGUGGACCCGGCCGACCUGCUGGCUGUCGAGAACGUGACCCUCAACUUCACCAAGGUCUUCCGGACGUCGCUAGGCGAGAUCGAGGUCAAGCGCACCCCCGAAGCCUACGGCGGGCGCAAGAACAAGAAGAAAGAGAAGGACAAAGAGAAGGAGAAGGAGAAGGAGGGCAAGGAGAAGAAGAAGUGGAACAGCCGGGAGGACAUCAAGGUGGUGGGCAAGGGCCGGUGGCGGCGGCUAAACCGGCCCGUGUCGGACUUCAUCCACCACGAAGAGCUGGCCAGCUUCUCCAACGCCAUGCGACAUGCCACGACGACGGAGGCGACAAAAACGCUCGAGUCGCAGAUCGCUGUGCUCAAGGAGCAGCUGGCCGCUGAGCGCGAGGUGCGGAGCAAGGUCGAGACGCAGCUCGCGAUCGCCCGGUUGCACCUGGCUCAGGAGGGGGCCCGGCGGGAGGGCCUCGAGCGGCUGGCCGGCGCCAUGCUCGAGAAGCUCAAGAGCGCCGGCAUCGCCUUCAGCCCGCCCGCACCCGCGCCCUCGCCCUCCUCGCCUACACCGACCGCCAGCCACCCGAGCCACCCCCACCCCAUUCCGACCCUCUCAUCGUCGCCGCCCUCCCCGGCGCCGUCCGGGGCCAAGUCUACGACGCAGGUCUACGCCCUGUCCCGCCACAACAGCAGCCCCCACAGGCUCGUCAGCAAGGCGCCACCGACCGGGGGCGCGGCCCAGCAGCAGGGGCCAGGCGGCACCAGCAGCCCGCCGCACUCGCUGUCGCCCUUGUCGCAGACCAAGGUGCCGCACACGUCGCCUCGAGAGCAGCACGCCAAAGUUAGUCCACGCUCGACAUCGAGGCAAUCAACAUCGAUCACCACGACCAGCGGCCAGCAGCAGUCAUCGUCGACCACCACCACGACGGCGGGCUCGGUCUCGGCCCCCAUCAAUGCGGCUCCGCGCGUGCGGCAGUCAUCGGGCGGCGGGUCGUUGAUCGCGAGCGCCUACCAGAACAGCGGACGGCCGCUGAUGGCGGUGGACGACGCCCAGAGCGGCAAGUCGCUGACGGACCGGCUGGUGGACAAAAUGUUCUCGGCAGACUCGGGGCUCGAGCUGCGCGAGACCCGCGAUGGGCGGCUGUGCUUCUGCGGCUGCGAAUGCGUGGACUGGCUGGUCGAGGAGCUGCGGGUGGGACGCGACAAGGCCGUGGUCAUCGGCGACAAGCUGCUGCAGCGGGGCUUCUUCCGGUGCCUGGUCUACGAUACGGCCUCGUUCACGGACGACCACACACUGUUCCAGGCCACGACACCUGCGGACACGUGCGGCGAAGAUUGA